AUGAAUAACGAUCAAGUUGCACUCGUUGGUCAAGUGUUUGAGUCGUACGUUUCAGAAUACCAUAAGAAUGAUAUUCUUCUAAUCUUGAAGGAAAGAGAUGAGGAUGCUCAUUACCCAGUUGUGGUUAAUGCCAUGACCCUUUUUGAGACCAACAUGGAAAUUGGGGAAUACUUCAACGUGUUCCCCAAUGAAGUACUUACUAUUUUUGAUAGUGCACUGCGAAGGUCAGCCUUGACAAUUCUCCAGUCCCUUUCUCAGCCUGAGGGUGUUUCCAUGAAGCAGAACCUUCAUGCCAGGAUAUCAGGUUUGCCUGUCUGUCCUGAGCUGGUGAGGGAGCACAUACCUAGAACCAAGGAUGUGGGACACUUUUUAUCUGUCACUGGGACAGUGAUUCGAACAAGUCUGGUGAAGGUCCUGGAGUUUGAGCGGGAUUACAUGUGUAACAAAUGCAAGCAUGUAUUUGUGGUCAAGGCUGACUUUGAGCAGUAUUACACCUUCUGCCGACCAUCCUCGUGUCCCAGCUUGGAAAGCUGUGAUUCCUCUAAAUUCACUUGCCUCUCAGGCUUGUCUUCAUCUCCAGCCAGGUGUAGGGAUUACCAGGAAAUCAAAAUUCAGGAGCAGGUUCAAAGGCUGUCUGUUGGAAGUAUUCCACGAUCUAUGAAGGUUGUCCUGGAAGAUGACUUAGUAGACAGUUGCAAAUCUGGUGAUGACCUCACUAUUUAUGGGGUUGUAAUGCAACGGUGGAAGCCCUUUCAGCAAGAUGUGCGCUGUGAAGUGGAGAUAGUCCUGAAAGCCAAUUAUAUACAAGUAAAUAACGAGCAGUCCUCAGGGAUCCCCAUGGAUGAGGAGGUCCGAAAGGAAUUUGCAGAUUUUUGGGAAUGCUAUAAGAGUGAUCCCUUUGCAGGAAGGAAUGAAAUAUUGGCCAGCUUGUGCCCUCAAGUAUUUGGGAUGUAUCUAGUAAAGCUUGCUGUGGCCAUGGUGCUGGCUGGUGGGAUUCAAAGGACUGACGCCACAGGAACACGGGUCAGAGCCGGAGCGCCCCCGGGCCGGCGCCGCGGGCGCGAGUGCGGGUCCCGCGAACCGCCUGCCCGCCAGACAAAGCUGACAACAUGGCUACCUCCGCUCGAACAAGUUCCUCGCAAGUUGAGCCACGGCGGGCGCCGGGGCUGCGGCCGAACGCAGCGCGCGCCUCGGCGGCCGUCGUCCGUCAACUUCAAGUUUCCCUCCGCGGAGCCCAGCCCGCAGCCCGCCCGGCGCCGAGGACGGCCGCCCCGCCGAGGCCGGGCCCGGGAAACUUUCAACGUCUGCAGCCCGCAACUGACAGCCCGGGCGGCGGGUGUCGCGACUCACCUUCAGACAGGUCUUCGAUGCACUCGAAGCUUUCUCGUUUCCUCAGGUCUGACGGUAACUGCUGUGAAAGACUCAGGAGAGUGGAAUUUGGAGGCUGGAGCCCUAGUGCUUGCAGAUGCAGGCCUUUGUUGUAUUGAUGAGUUUAACAGCCUCAAAGAGCAUGAUAGAACCAGUAUCCACGAAGCAAUGGAGCAGCAAACCAUAAGUGUUGCUAAGGCUGGCCUCGUAUGCAAGCUGAACACAAGAACCACCAUCCUGGCAGCAACUAACCCCAAAGGCCAGUACGACCCCCACGAGUCUGUGUCUGUCAACAUCGCCCUUGGCAGCCCACUCUUAAGUCGAUUUGACCUGAUCCUGGUUUUACUUGAUACCAAGAAUGAAGACUGGGAUCGUGUAAUUUCCUCCUUUAUCUUAGAAAAUAAAGGUUACCCAAGCAAAUCAGAGAAGCUCUGGAGCAUGGAAAAGAUGAAAGCCUACUUCUGCCUCAUUAGGAAUCUACAGCCCUCACUGUCUGACGUGGGUAACCAAGUUCUUCUCCGGUACUACCAGAUGCAAAGGCAGAGUGAUUCCCGAAAUGCUGCCCGGACCACCAUCCGCCUGUUGGAAAGCUUGAUACGAUUAGCAGAAGCUCAUGCCCGUCUGAUGUUUCGUGACACUGUGACUCUGGAAGAUGCUAUUACAGUGGUGUCAGUAAUGGAGUCCUCAAUGCAGGGAGGUGCACUGCUAGGAGGUGUGAAUGCUCUCCACACUUCCUUUCCUGAAAACCCUCGGGAGCAGUACCAGAGGCAGUGUGAACUUAUUCUGGAAAAGCUGGAGCUGCAAAGCCUCUUGAGUGAAGAGCUUAGAAGACUUGAAAGGCUGCAGAAUCAGAGUGUGCACCAAUCUGAACCACGGGUAAUGGAGGCAGAGACUACUUUAGGGCCCUUGAGAAACAAUCCAGGGGAAGAAUCAAAUUUCAGAACCUCGACACAGCAGGAAAUGAAUCAUAGCACGCAUGCCUCCUCUGCUGGAGGCAGUCCUGGGGCAAGCCCGCUUCUAGACCCCCCACCCCUGCUGGGGCCUAAUAGAUCAACAAGGAAAAAACAUUCAGCUGAGCACAAAAAUAGCAGAGAUGACAGUUUGGACUGGUUUGACUUCGUGGCAACUCAUCACACUAAACCUAAAAACACUGUUCUUGUGUCUCCUCGUCCCAAAACAACUGAGGAAGAUAUGGCUUUAAAGAUCUCUAACAACAAAUUUCAGGGUAAGGAAAAGAGCGAACCAGGCCAAAGGAGCAAAGUGGAAGCUGGGCAGCUUCCAUCAUCAAUAGAGACAGGUGCUCCAUGGAAGCCAGACAAUGUGGAGGGUGAAAAGGCAAAACGGACAGCACCCGUGUCAGAAGCAGCAGUACCUGCUGAUGAACCAGACUCGGUACUGACUCAUCAUGCCCCUCGGAGACUGCAUAAGCUGUGCAGGGAGAGGGCCCAGAAGUUGUACAGAAAUACCACCAGGGCACCUUCACAGUCCACAGCCCCUUCUCAUCCUCAAUCCAUUCCUGUACGUAGCCCAGAAAGAGCACUGGAAACUCCCAAAAGAAAAAGACCAAAAUCCCUUGCUCAAGCAGAACGACCUGAACUUGAAAGUGUUGAGACUCCAGUUCCCCCUGUGGCCAAACUGGCAAAAUUUACUUUCAAACAGAAGUCAAAACUGAUGCACUCCCCUGAAGACCACAGCCAUGUGUCUCCUGGCACAAUGACAAUAGCAGUUCAUAGUCCUAAAAUUUCCCAGCAUAGAACAAGAAGAGAAACAGCUCUGCCUGUGAAAGGUUCAGAAAAGUUGACAUCUACUUCAGGAAACAGAAGCUCAGAUCAUCCACAGUGUAAGACAAAGGAGGUGUCACAGCAGCCACCAGAGAAAGCUGGGUCAAUAGAGAAGAGGGAAUGUGCCCCUGAGAAGAGAACUAUUCAGCGUGGAUCAGAGCUUGGAAACCAGACUGGCCAUGCUCGUCUUACUUGCGAGGGAGACAAAAAGGAAGAGGUUUCAUGCAAUUAUAAAAGCAGCAAAGUUCAUGCUUGCACAUUAGCCAAAUUGGCAAACUUCUCCUUUAGUUCCCCGUCAGAAUCCAAAUCAGAAUCCCCUCCUCCUCCUGAAAGGAAGAACUGCAGUGAGAGAGGUCCAAGCCCUCCUCCCACAACCACAGCUCCAGUGCUUGGCAGUAAGAGGAAGUCUUUUCAGCUCCAGGGGUCCACUGAGAAACUGAUUCUUUCCAAAACUCUCUUCACUUUAUCAGAACUAGAUGAUGAAACAUUAGAUUUUGACUGGGAUGAAGAGAUGAGAAAAAAGCCAUAAUUAUGAAAAUCUUUCUGGUUAAAUUUCACCUUUCACACUCAACACAGCACCUCAGGGUAUCAAUGUGCUACUUAUAAAUGUACAGAACUGUUGGCCAUAUUGAGUACCAUUCCGAACACCAGCUCCCCAUCAGGUUUGCU